AUGAGGCUUUAUCUCCUCUUCAUCCUGACUGCUAUUACUCUACAACCCGGACACUGCACUCAAUACAACUGUUCUUCUAUUUAUAACAGAAUUCCUGACAACAGCGAUAUGACUGUGGAUUGCGGUCCUAAUGUGAUAACCCUGGAAGUGAACCUGUGUACUGCUCAGUGGGCCGGUUUUAACUCCAGCAGUCUGGCCAUGAACGGCCAGCACAACAACAGCUUGUGUCUGGGUACUGUGGACACCAGCGUGAACCCGCCUGUUGUCAGAUACCAACUGCCCGUCAAUAGCAGCCAAGAGAACCCCUGCCGACAGUCAAUGCAGAUUGUGGAUGAAGCACCAGUGUCAGACGUUUUCAGCUCGUUUUCCAGCAUCCAGUGGGUCAUAGUCACCGGAUUCAUAGACACCCCUCGGUCCUCUGGGGGAGUCAUUAGCUACUCCACAGACCUGUAUUACCACUUCUCCUGUCGCUAUCCUCUGGAGUAUUUCAUCAACAACACCCAAAUAGUGGCGUCUUCCGUCUCUGUGGCGACAAAUGGGAAUAACGGAACUUUUAUCAACACCCUUAGCAUGAAUGUUUACAAUGACACAGACUAUGGUCAUCCUCUGAUUGUCCCUGAUGCAGGUCUUUCUCUGCGCACUAAUGUGUAUGUGGAAGUAAAGGCCACAAACCUCACUGGAACUUUUCAUGUGCUUCUCGAUCAUUGUUUUGCCACCCCGUCACCGUACAACGCAUCAGGCGGCGAGCAGCACGAUUUCUUCAUCGGGUGCAACGUCGAUUCGAGGACCACCGUGAUGCAAAACGGCAUAGACAUGAAAUCGCGGUUCUUUUUCGAAACGUUUCGCUUCAUGGAACACUAUCAGCAACAGAAGUCCACCAUCUACCUGCACUGCAUUGUGAGGCUUUGUGAACCCAACAAAUGUCAGGAACUUCUAAAUGUGUGCAGCGGCAAUUCCAGAAGGAGGCGGGACGUCCCAGAGCCUUUUGGGACAGAGUCCAUGGACUCCACCACAAUCUCUGUGGGACCCAUCUACACAAGAGAUACUGGUGCACUGGAACAGUCGCAAGCAUCCGCAUACGGUUCUGAUGACCAGCAAACGGAGGACGGUAAAAAACGGGUGGCAGUGGGAGUGGUUGUCGGUGGAGGGGCCACUGCUCUGGUGGUAACGGGAGGCUGGUUUGCAGCUAAAAAACUCUACUGGGGGGGAACUGGACUCCGUGCCUUUCACUGAAAGUGUGUCAUGCAUAACCAGCAGCUGUGCACUGUGCAUUGCUGGAAAGCGAGGGUACAGGACCAGACUGUGAAUGCUAUCUCUCCAUGCAAAGACACUGACUCGACCAAAACAUAUACCUCAACCAGUCAGAACCAGUUAAUCAAAUGCAUGUUUCAGGUGAAUC